AUGGAGGUUGGUUGCAAAUUGCAACAUGAAGGUCAACUUUGGUGUGGGAGUAGGGGGAGGUGCCGUAAGAGUUGUAGAAUGGUUGGGGGUUAUAGGGUGAUGGAGAUCGCUAGAAUUGCGGUAAUAGGGUGUGAGAUUUAUGGUGGCUAUAGGUUGAAGUCGUUAGUGGAGGGGAUUGUGGGCUGCAAGUUACCAUAUGGCCAAGAAUUUGAAGUUAGCUCAGGAACAUAUGAAGAACCCAAUGGUGAUGAGCAAGAUUCAAAAGCUUAG